UUCCAACUAAAACAAAAAAACAAAAAAAACAACAACAUCGGAAUGCGUGGAGGGAUGUUAAAAGUGGUGGAGCUGGGAAGAGAAGUCGAAACAAACAAUGGAAAGAAGGAUGAGUUCAAGUGUACAAACUGAGUUGCGGACAAUAACUGUGGUUAAAGUGUGCGUUAACUUUGGAUAGCCCCGCGGCGCGUUUCAGUGUCCACCCCGGAUCUGCACCGGUGGCACGGGGCAGGCGCAGGCUGCUGUUUGGAGCGUGGUUUCCCACUUUUGAACGGACAUGGUUCUCGGAAUGACUAUUACUGUGCUGCUUCUCUUUUUUGCAGCCACGCGUGGUGAUUUCCCUGAGUCAGAUCCUGACUUCCACUGUUGCAAAGCUCACCAGGAGGAGGCAAACUCAACUAACUUGCAAGUUUGUGGAUAAUUUAUGAAGGAUCCUAGUGUGUGUGUGUAUUUUUUGACUGCGUUGGCAACAAACUGUCUCCAUGCAUGGGAUACUUAUGUGAACUUCAGCCUGUAAGAUUCAAUGUGUAGAUUGUCCUGAUCCUAAUGUGCUGGUGGAGAAAGUGCACGUCCUCGGACUAGAACUCCAUCCAAGCAUGAAAUGUUGGUGCAGCGCCCUGGCACUUCUCCCGUGGGUGCUGGUGGCCUUAGAUGCCCAGCUAAUCUGCUGGCAGGCUCUCCUUCGGUGCCACGACGAGCCCGAGUGCGAUCUUGCGUACAAUCAAUAUUUAGCAGCAUGUGAAGGUAACAUCAGAGGGACGAGGAGACAAUGUCCAAGCCACUGUAUCAACGCGCUGAUAAGACUGAAUCACACGCGCAGCGGUCCUGACCUGGAGACCUGCGACUGCGCGCAGGACCUGGAGUGCCUCAGCGCCAAGCGAGCCAUAGAGCCGUGCCUCCCCCGCAGACACCCGAGCGAUGCCGGGGGAAUAGGCUGCAUGGAGGCCCGGCAGCGCUGCGAGGAAGACAGCAACUGCCACACCUCCCUCACGGCCUACUUGUCAUACUGCGGACAGCUGUUCAAUGGCAGGAAGUGCUCCUCUAAGUGUAAAGCCACCAUUCAACAGAUGCUGUUCAUCCCGAAUGGCAUGCUGCUCAACCGCUGUGUUUGCGAUGGGGUUGAGAGGCCUUUCUGUGAAGUGGUCAAGGAGAACAUGAGCAAACUUUGCUCCAUAGGAGACCACAGUGUUAUUUCAGACCAGCCUGAUACUGAUGACAUCUAUGAGGAUGAAGACUAUGACACUAGAAACGACAGAGAGGAGGUGUACACUGACCAUUCCUCUGCUUCCCAAAGGCUGCCCAGCUGCAUGACGCUCCUGUUGCUUCCUCUUGGACGGAUAUUGUACUGAGAUGAUGGCUACAUGCAACAUUUGAUGGAUUUAUUAGUGACAGUGUGCCCCUGUUCAAGACUGCAAGAUCAACCCUGGAUUCGGCAGGGGUUUUAGUGACUUGCUCGAGGACAGUUCAGCAGGGCAGAUGCUUGCUGGCAGGGGACUUGAACCCAGGUCUGCUGGAUAAGGAAAGUUAUUUUUUCACCACUGGGCCUCCCUGAGAGCCCAUUUUAGCUGCAGGGUGACAGAGCACAGUAGUGAUUUGUGUAGGCUUUCCACAACCAUACAAUUUGCAUAGGAAUUCUUUUCGAUGCACAUCUCACUCAGGAAAAAAAAAACUGCUUGAUUUGGGAUUCUAAACUUCACAUAGAUGGCUUUACAGUACUGAGUGAACUGCUCACUUUCUGCUAAGUUGAAGGAACGACUUGUUGUCAAUCAUGGCAAAAAUACUUUUAGAUGAUGAUGAGAGGAAGUGAACCAAACUCGAUUCUUUUUCAGGGCAAAUUUGUUGCAGGGCAUUGACAUUCUGUGUGCCUUUAAAGAGCUCCUAUUUGUUUGGUUUCAAUGGUACUUGGAGUGUGGCUUUAUUAAGACCUUAGACAAACAUUGGACCCAUCCAGUCUCUGUUUGCUCUGCUCUCCAUUUCAGGGGCCUAUGCAUUGUUGCAGCAACCACACUUCAAAUAUUUGUGGGAACUGUCAGAGGACAGGCAAGGGUGUGGGAUCAAGUACUUAAAUUAACUUAAGCGCCUCUCCAGUACUCUGUCUGGGGCCCUUCCCCCACAUGACAUUGUUUUAUUGAACUUUUCCUGAGACCACCCCUCCCUCUCCCUUCUUCCUCUCUGCUGCCAGCCCCCUUUCACGCCUUUAAAAGACCCCUGUCUUUAUUACUGCUUUCACACUGAAGCGUCAACCCAGGAAAACCUUGUCUGCUGCUGGUGUGAACGGGUCAACGUGUCAUACCUGUCCACACCAUCGCUUACGACAACAGGGUCCACCUGGUUCAACGCUGCUCUGCUGUUAUGUAACAAGAUUCUAAUUUCUUACCCUACAUACCUUUAAACAAACUGUGUGAUUCAAACAGAAGUUGUUGCAAUAAGUGAGCAGGAGCUCAUCAAACAAAGAUAUCGGAACACUGCAGCAACAACACAAUAAUCAGUAAACAUAGCAGUAAAGUAUUCACUCAUUAGAGGCGUCAAACAUAGACUGAAUGUAUGUUAAUUAUUUUGUGGCAUACGCAGUGUUUGUUUGUUGAAGGAGAAUUAGAGUGUUGCCAACUAAAUAAGAGGUGUAUUAGGAUACAUGCAGGGUACUUUUAACCUGCAAGGUUGUCACUAAGUGCUUCCUACAUAAAAUGCACAACUACAGAUAAAGCUCAAACUGAUAAAACAAGAGAUUGAAUUGCUUCACAAAUUCCUACGAUGGUUCCUUUCCUCAGAAAAUGUACUUUGAAUAAUGUAGCAAGUAGUAUUGCAAUGCAUCACAUUCAUAUUGUAGCUGCACACAUUUACAUGAGGAGAUGCUCUGUAUUAUGAAGCAGCUAACAGGGCUAAUGUUACCUGUUUGAAGGUCCACACCAGUAGUCCAGCAGUCUUUCAGUCUGACUUCUUGCUGCCACUGACUCACAUUAAGCUGUUUAGUUAAAAGGGAAAGUAAAAACAAUGUUUUUGUUAGUUUUUCGAUCACUUGUAAUGAAGCUGCCAAUUUGUGUCUUCGCCACUUGAAAUUGUGUCACAACUAAUCUUUUUGUUUUGUUAUGAAGUCUUGGAAAAAAAUGUUGAUAAAUGUUAAAUUAUGAAGCUAGAAUAUGAAGAAUGUGUAUAUAUUUUACAAUUAUAUGCAGUAAAAUAAGCCAGUCUGGCCACCAUCAAUGAAAUGCAUUUAAUACAGUAUAAUACACACAAACGUAGCACAGAUUCUGCCCACAAAUCCUCCUGAUAUGAUUUACAGUUCUCAAUGUUUCAUCUCAACCUUGUGGGAAUAUAGCAGUAAACACUUCGGAGCGUCUUCCAUGUGGGAGGGCGAGUUUUAUAAUAAAAUGUUUACGAGCUCA